CGUUAGAGAUAUUGACGAAUGUUUAUGAAUUAAUGAGAAUGGAUUUCAUAUUUUUGGUACUAUGCAUUCUUUGCAUUGUUGGGAUUUUUUCAAUUCUGUCGAACUACCAUCAAUAUAAUAUUCGACAAAAGUUCGGAAAUAUUCCCGAAAUCAAAGGAUAUCCUUUCAUUGGUGUUGCAUUUGAUUUUAUGAAGUUAUCAGAGUAUGGUNNNAUAAAACGGUUUUCAUCGUUUAUAGAAGAGUUUAAAGAAGGAAUAUUCAUGUAUCAGCUCGGAACCAAACCUUUUAUUAACAUAUUUAAGCCAAAAUAUUUGGAGCUUAUUUUUCCUAGCACUGUAAAUAUCACAAAAGGAGACUCUUAUGAUCUGCUGAAACCUUGGUUGGGCAAUGGACUUUUAACAUCUACAGGUAAACAAUGGUUCCAUGAUAGAAAACUCAUCGGACCAACGUUCCAUUUUAGUAUAUUAGACCAAUUUGCUGUGAUACUAUCUGAAAAAGUAGAGAUCCUGACAAAGUGUUUCGAAAAAACAAUAAAAGACAAUCCAGGGAAAGCCGUUGAUGUUUUUCCUUUUAUAGUCAAUACUACUCUUGAUAUUAUCUGCGAAACGGCAAUGGGUGUGGAUAUACAAGCUCAAGAAGUCGUAAAUAAAUAUGUAUCAACAGUACAUCAAGCUUCCCUAUUAAUAAUAGAUCGAAUGAUUCAACCAUGGUAUUGGAUUGACUGGUUGUACUAUUUAUUACCUGUAGGGAAACAGUUUAAAUCAACGCUUGAUAUAUUACAUGGAUUUACAAAAAAGGUAAUAAGUAAGAAAAAGGUUGAGCGACAGUCGCAAAAUACGAAACUCGAAAAUGAAGAUAAUGAAUUUAACAUAGAUAAGCGAAAAAGAAAAGCGUUUUUAGAUUUAUUAUUGGACCAAAAUGAGAAAGACGACACUCCUUUGACUGAUGAUGAAUUGAGAGCACAAGUCGAUACGUUCAUGUUUGAGGGACACGAUACAACUGCUGUUGCCAUAACCUGGGCAUUGUUCCUCUUGGGCAAUAAUCUCGAGCAUCAGGAAAAAGUUCACGAAGAACUCGAGAAAAUUUUCGGAGAUUCAGAGAUACAAGCCAGUGUAAAAGAACUGUCGCAAUUAAAAUACCUUGAAAGAGUUAUAAAGGAGACACUUCGAAUAUUCCCAAGCGUACCUUUAAUCAUGAGGAAACUAGUAGAAGAUGUAAAACUAGAUAGUUAUACACUUCCAAAAGGUACUUUAGUUGUAUUGGCCAUCAUGUUAACACAUCGAAGCUCGGAGAUUUGGCCGGACCCAUUAAAAUUCGAUCCGGAUCGCUUCCUUCCAGAAAACUCGCAGAAUAGAAAUCCGUAUGCUUAUAUUCCAUUCAGCGCCGGACCAAGAAAUUGUAUAGGUCAAAGAUUCGCUCUACUUGAAGAGAAAAUCGUAUUGACUGCAAUUCUCAGAAAAUGGAGAGUGAAAAGUGUAAAAACAAUCGACACGAUUGAGUACGGCAGUUCUCUCAUUAUGCGCCCAGUUGAAGAAGUAUUCAUACAUUUUACGCCAAAGAAAUAAACAGUUUCAGCAAAUAAAAUCAAUGUCGUUUUUCCAUUAUAACAAGGUCUUUCUAUCUUUUGAUUAUUAGUUGAGUUUUGAUUUCCUUUUUGAUUAUUAAUGAUUUAAAGUUUUCAAUUUUACCAUUAUUUUAAAGAAGUAUUUUGCGGUUUUAAGAUAUUUUUUGACACUGAUUGGUUUAUAAGUCAAGAGUCUAGUUUUUGACAAAAUAUUUUUGUGAUCAAUUUGCUUGCAAUAUGGUUGAUUACAAUUAUGUUGAACUUUUUUCCUUUCAUAUAAUUUCUUUAAUCCUUAUCUUUUUAUAUAAGUUGCUUUUCCAUAAUUUAAUUCGAUUAGAUUUUAUCAUAAUUUUUAAAUAUUUUCAUCGGUGUUUUAUUUUCGAUAUUGAAUAACCUUAAUUAAGAUGGAGAGAGAGAUCGCUAUAACAGAUUAAUUAUCACUUAUAUUUAAUAUAAAUUUUGUAUCUUUGAAGAGGGCUAAAAAAUGAACCAAAACAUGUAAGCGUGUUGAUUUUAAUAAACAUUAUUUGAUUACAUUUGGA